AAAGAACUUCACACUGUAGCAGAGGUUUUACAGAGAGAGAAGGGAGGGACGAAUGAGAGGGAGGGUGAUGAAAGACGGAGAUCAAGCUCGAAGAUUACGAGCAUUUCCUUGGGAAUCCUUACGAUGAUGCUUUCAGUUACCAGCAGCUUAAUAAGAUCAUCUACAUGCACGGAUUCAAGAAGAUUCACAAGCGCCGCAAGGCUGACCUGUACGAAGCGUUGAGCACCAUUGAUCUGAUAAAGCCGCAGCGCUCAACGCUCAAGGACGAUUAUCCACCGUACGAUGAUUCUGCACUAUCGCUGGAUCAAGUCAAGCAAGACCUGCAAACUCUGCAGUGGCAGGAGUGUCCUGUACAAUCAAUCCACUCCAUUCAUCCAACGGUGCAAGAUAAUCCAGCUACAUCCAGUUGCAGUGAUGGCGUCUCUAGAGGCAGCGCCAUAUCAUCCUUCACCAUCCGCCGUAAACGGCAGAGAUCGGGGAGGAGGAAGAGAAUGUGCGCCGUGUACCGUGGCGGCGUUGAACAGGGUAACGUUACCGUUGGCGUUACGAACGGCGGCGUUGAGUCUGGCGUGUCACGUGAUCAUGAUGCUGUUCUGAUCCAGCCUGAGUCGUCUUCGUUAUUUGUUGAAACGUACAGCUGGGACUUUUGAUUGGAUGGGUGUAAUCCACGUGUCCAGUUAUCAUUAGGCUACAGGUUUUUGGCUUUUGUGGAACACCGUACUUGAUACUGAUUGUAAUCAUCAUUUUUGUUUUUGGGUUAAAAUCUUUCACCUUUUUACCUA